AGUAGGCUACGUGGUUCUCUGGUUUGUUCGUUUCUCUCUCUCUCUCUCUCUUUCUCUCUCUCUCUCUCUCUCUCUCUGAUGGGGAAGGGAGGGUGGUGGCAAGUUACAAGCGCUUGCGGCAGGUCCCCGCCCCCAGGAUCAGGCUCCCCGUGCAAGGGGACGAUGAAAAGGUAGAGGCACCUCGCUUCACAGCAUCAUCCAGAUCUGGACCUGCUGCGACCACGGGCCGAGCCCACCCAUUCCCCAGCCAAGGGACGGGCCCGCCGCUCUCCAUGGUACUGCGGAGAGCUCAGCUCCGCCCUUCUCUUUCAGAAGGACAGCACCCGGCGUCACGUAACCCAGCCUUCUCGGGCUCCUCCACCGCCUUUUCCUUCCCAGCUCUUUCCCUCUCCUCCCCCUCCACCUCCUUCUCCUCCUCCUCCUCCUGCUCCCCUCCGUUGCCUGUUCUCCCCUCCCGCACUCCUGGAGAUAGACGCUCAAGCCUGACGCCUCUGAAAAGGCAGCAGCAGUCGCCUUAUCCAUAGACCUCAGGAAAUUCGCUUUGACCGAUGCAUGCUUCAGGCUCUGGCUCGAGCUAAGGGGAAUAACCAGGCAGAUGUCUGGGUCCUUAAAAAAGACAAAAUAAAACCAAAAUGCAUCACCAACACACAACCAAUUGAUGUGCUGACAUCUCAGCUUGGCCCUGCAGAGGCGGAGAGCAAAGAAGAAGAGGAGCUGUUGUGAUUUCCACAUCUAACAGCUUCUGACUAUUUCGCAACUGCUGGGUUUGAGUCCUACUGUUGCCGUGGUUGAAAAGAGAAGUAAAACCCAACUUGUGAGACCAUGCACAAGGAAUUAGGCUUUGGUUGCAGCGGUGCUGAAGUUUAUGCUCUCAGAAAAGAAGCAGACCUUUGAAGCUAUCCUGGGGUUAAGAAGUGGUGCCCUAAAGAGGCAAGCAUCCCUUUCUCCGUUGUGCUUUAAGACACCGCAUGUGGAGGAGACACACUUAAGGCAUUCACAAGCGUCUAAGCAUACUGGCUCAUUGCUGGCUUCCUGUACUUCCCUGAGAAAGGUGUUUGCUUUUUGCUCACUCUCACUGCUUCCUUUUGGCCUGGUAUCACCGGUGGAACCUGGCAGAUAAUGGGAUUUGAGGAGUUAAGUAUCUGCUGACACCACAGACGGUCUUAAAUUAGUUAAUCAGACUCAAAUGGGUCAGUGCUUUCCCUUGAUCCUUGACUGAAGCCUUUUCCAGAACGUUGCCUCCAAAGUGCAUCCUCCCUUUGGUCUGGAAGUUCUGUGGCUGCCCUGUACCCCUGGGGUCAACGUUUUCCAGUUGGAAGAGGACUACAGGGAGAGAGGGGGGGGUUGUUGGAAGAAGAAGAAGAAAAAAAGAACUAGAUAAAGGAGGGCACCUCCCUCCCACGCCCGCCUUUCCCCCUACCUUCCUUUCUCUCGGCACCCUUAUUUCUCCAUCACGGUGACCAGGACCAUUUUGACCCUGUCGGCCCCGGCACCCCCCCGCCGCACCCCAGCCCCGAGCAUGGGGACGGCGCUGCUCCAGCGCGGGGGCUGCUUUCUCCUGUGCCUCUCGCUGCUGCUCCUGGGCUGCUGGGCGGAGCUGGGCAGCGGGCUGGAGUUCCCGGGCGCCGAGGGCCAGUGGACGCGCUUUCCCAAGUGGAACGCCUGCUGCGAGAGCGAGAUGAGCUUCCAGCUCAAGACGCGCAGCGCGCGCGGCCUCGUGCUCUACUUCGACGACGAGGGCUUCUGCGACUUCCUGGAGCUGAUCCUGACGCGCGGCGGCCGCCUGCAGCUCAGCUUCUCCAUCUUCUGCGCCGAGCCCGCCACGCUCCUGGCCGACACGCCGGUCAACGACGGCGCCUGGCACAGCGUGCGCAUCCGCCGCCAGUUCCGCAACACCACGCUCUUCAUCGACCAGGCGGAGGCCAAGUGGGUGGAGGUUAAGUCCAAGCGCAGGGACAUGACAGUGUUCAGCGGCCUCUUCGUCGGGGGGCUGCCCCCGGAACUGCGCGCCGCGGCGCUCAAGCUCACCCUGGCCUCCGUGAGGGAGCGGGAGCCCUUCAAGGGCUGGAUUCGAGAAGUGAGGGUCAACUCCUCGCAGGUGCUGCCGGUGGACAGCGGCGAGGUGAAGCUGGACGACGAGCCGCCCAACAGCGGCGGGGGAAGCCCGUGCGAGGCGGGCGAGGAGGGCGAGGGCGGCGUGUGCCUCAACGGAGGCGUGUGCUCCGUGGUGGACGACCAGGCCGUGUGCGACUGCUCGCGAACCGGCUUCCGCGGCAAGGACUGCAGCCAAGACAACAAUGUGGAAGGUCUGGCGCACCUGAUGAUGGGCGACCAAGGUAAAAGUAAAGGAAAAGAAGAAUAUAUUGCCACGUUCAAGGGAUCUGAAUACUUCUGCUACGACUUGUCUCAAAACCCCAUUCAAAGCAGCAGUGAUGAAAUAACUCUGUCCUUUAAAACCCUUCAGAGGAAUGGACUGAUGCUUCACACUGGGAAAUCGGCUGAUUAUGUCAAUCUUGCCCUGAAAAAUGGAGCUGUCUCUCUGGUCAUUAAUUUGGGAUCAGGGGCCUUUGAAGCACUAGUGGAGCCUGUGAAUGGAAAGUUUAAUGAUAAUGCCUGGCAUGAUGUGAAAGUCACCAGGAAUCUGCGUCAGCACUCAGGCAUUGGACACGCUAUGGUAAACAAACUACAUUGUUCGGUGACAAUAUCAGUGGAUGGGAUUCUUACUACAACGGGCUACACGCAAGAAGAUUAUACCAUGCUGGGGUCUGAUGACUUUUUCUAUGUUGGAGGCAGUCCCAGCACAGCCGACCUUCCAGGGUCACCAGUCAGUAACAACUUUAUGGGCUGUCUCAAAGAGGUUGUGUAUAAAAAUAAUGAUGUGAGGCUGGAAUUAUCUCGACUUGCCAAGCAAGGAGAUCCUAAGAUGAAGAUCCAUGGAGUGGUGGCAUUUAAAUGUGAGAAUGUUGCAACUUUAGACCCAAUCACCUUUGAAACCCCAGAGUCUUUCAUCUCUUUGCCUAAAUGGAAUGCAAAGAAAACAGGCUCCAUAUCAUUUGAUUUCCGUACAACAGAGCCAAAUGGCCUCAUCUUAUUCAGCCAUGGCAAACCAAGACAUCAGAAGGAUGCCAAGCACCCACAGAUGAUCAAGGUGGACUUCUUUGCUAUUGAGAUGCUAGACGGCCACCUCUACCUCCUCCUGGACAUGGGGUCAGGUACUAUAAAAAUAAAAGCCCUGUUGAAGAAAGUGAAUGAUGGAGAAUGGUAUCACGUGGACUUCCAGAGAGACGGACGGUCAGGUACCAUUUCUGUCAACACAUUGCGUACUCCCUACACUGCUCCUGGUGAGAGUGAGAUUCUGGACCUGGAUGAUGAGUUGUACCUGGGGGGCCUGCCAGAAAAUAAAGCUGGCCUUGUCUUCCCUACUGAGGUGUGGACUGCUCUGCUCAACUAUGGCUACGUGGGCUGCAUCAGGGAUUUGUUCAUCGAUGGCCAAAGCAAAGAUAUACGGCAAAUGGCUGAAGUUCAAAGCACUGCUGGAGUGAAGCCCUCUUGCUCAAGGGAAACAGCAAAACCGUGCCUUAGCAACCCUUGCAAAAACAAUGGCAUGUGCAGGGAUGGGUGGAACAGAUAUGUCUGUGAUUGUUCCGGAACAGGCUAUCUUGGCAGGUCCUGUGAGAGAGAGGCUACGGUUUUGAGCUAUGAUGGGAGCAUGUUUAUGAAAAUUCAGCUUCCUGUAGUCAUGCACACGGAGGCUGAGGAUGUGUCCUUACGAUUCCGAUCCCAGCGUGCAUAUGGCAUUCUGAUGGCAACCACUUCUAGAGAUUCUGCUGAUACCCUCCGCCUGGAGCUAGAUGCAGGGCGCGUGAAACUGACGGUCAAUCUAGAUUGUAUCAGGAUUAACUGUAAUUCCAGCAAAGGUCCCGAGACUCUUUUUGCUGGCUAUAACCUCAAUGAUAACGAAUGGCACACAGUGCGUGUAGUUCGGCGUGGAAAAAGUUUAAAGUUAACAGUGGAUGACCAACAGGCCAUGACAGGUCAAAUGGCGGGUGAUCACACGAGGCUGGAGUUCCAUAACAUAGAGACUGGCAUCAUCACAGAACGACGAUAUCUUUCUUCUGUCCCCUCCAAUUUCAUUGGACACCUGCAGAGCCUGACGUUUAAUGGAAUGGCAUACAUUGACCUGUGUAAAAAUGGCGAUAUAGAUUAUUGUGAGCUCAAUGCCAGAUUUGGCUUCAGGAACAUCAUAGCAGACCCUGUCACCUUCAAGACCAAAUCGAGCUAUGUUGCCUUAGCUACCUUGCAAGCCUACACUUCUAUGCAUCUUUUUUUCCAGUUCAAGACAACAUCCCUAGAUGGACUAAUUCUGUACAACAGUGGGGAUGGAAAUGACUUUAUUGUGGUUGAAUUAGUUAAAGGGUACUUACAUUACGUGUUUGAUUUGGGAAAUGGUGCUAACCUCAUCAAAGGAAGCUCAAAUAAACCUCUCAAUGACAAUCAAUGGCACAACGUGAUGAUAUCAAGGGACACCAGCAAUCUCCACACUGUAAAGAUUGACACGAAAAUCACAACACAAAUCACUGCUGGAGCCAGGAACUUAGACCUCAAGAGUGAUUUAUAUAUAGGAGGAGUAGCUAAAGAAACUUAUAAAUCCUUGCCAAAACUUGUACAUGCCAAAGAAGGCUUUCAAGGCUGCCUGGCAUCCGUUGAUUUAAAUGGACGGCUUCCGGAUCUCAUCUCAGAUGCUCUUUUCUGCAAUGGACAGAUCGAGAGAGGAUGUGAAGUUGCAUUGAUGAAAGCUGACUUGCAAGGUCCCAGCACAACCUGCCAAGAGGACUCAUGUUCCAAUCAAGGCGUGUGCUUGCAACAGUGGGAUGGCUUCAGCUGUGACUGUAGUAUGACUUCCUUCAGUGGGCCACUCUGCAAUGACCCUGGGACGACAUAUAUCUUUAGCAAAGGUGGUGGACAAAUCACGUAUAAGUGGCCUCCUAAUGACCGACCCAGUACACGAGCAGACAGACUGGCCAUAGGGUUUAGCACUGUUCAGAAAGAAGCCGUAUUGGUGCGAGUGGACAGUUCUUCAGGCUUGGGUGACUACCUAGAACUGCAUAUACACCAAGGAAAAAUUGGAGUUAAGUUUAAUGUUGGGACAGAUGACAUCGCCAUUGAAGAGUCCAAUGCAAUCAUUAAUGAUGGCAAAUACCAUGUAGUCCGUUUCACGAGGAGUGGUGGCAAUGCCACAUUACAGGUGGACAGCUGGCCAGUGAUCGAGCGCUACCCUGCAGGAAACAAUGAUAACGAGCGCCUGGCGAUUGCUAGACAGCGAAUUCCAUAUCGACUUGGUCGAGUAGUUGAUGAAUGGCUACUCGACAAAGGGCGUCAGCUCACAAUCUUCAAUAGCCAAGCAACCAUAAUAAUUGGCGGGAAAGAGCAGGGCCAGCCCUUCCAGGGCCAGCUCUCUGGGCUUUACUACAAUGGCUUGAAAGUUCUGAAUAUGGCAGCUGAAAACGAUGCCAACAUCGCCAUAGUGGGAAAUGUGAGACUGGUUGGUGAAGUGCCUUCCUCUAUGACAACUGAGUCGACAGCCACUGCCAUGCAGUCAGAGAUGUCCACAUCAAUUAUGGAGACUACCACGACCCUGGCUACUAGCACAGCCAGAAGAGGAAAGCCCCCAACAAAAGAACCCAUUAGCCAGACCACAGAUGACAUCCUCGUGGCCUCAGCAGAGUGUCCCAGCGAUGAUGAGGACAUUGACCCCUGUGAGCCGAGCUCAGGUGGGUUAGCCAACCCAACCCGAGCAGGCGGGAGAGAGCCGUACCCAGGCUCAGCAGAAGUGAUCCGGGAGUCCAGCAGCACCACGGGUAUGGUCGUGGGGAUAGUAGCUGCUGCCGCCCUGUGCAUCCUUAUCCUCCUCUACGCCAUGUACAAGUACAGAAACCGGGAUGAAGGCUCAUACCAUGUGGACGAGAGUCGAAACUACAUCAGUAACUCAGCACAGUCCAAUGGGGCUGUCGUAAAGGAGAAACAACCCAGCAGUGCGAAAAGCGCCAACAAAAAUAAGAAAAACAAGGAUAAAGAGUAUUAUGUCUGAUCCCAAGAUCUUAAAUGGACACUUGUAUAGAAAUAGUCUUCAUUUUAUCUGAGACAUAAUAUAAACUUAUUUACUUUCCUUUUUAUGAAGCACAUACAAAAGAAGACAGGGAAUGCAAUCAGGAAGGAAAGACUUAAAAAAAUAAAAAUAAAAACAAGUAUCUCAUGCUCUUGUUUCUCAAAAAAGAAAAACAAAAAACAGGGGCCAAUAAAUUCCCUAACAUCCACAGUGUUUUCAUUUACUCUGCCUGUCUUUAUGUUGCUGGAACAUUUCUAAAAGACAGUGAUGACCGCACGCAUUCAUAAAGCAAAGGAGUAUUACAGCAUCAAGGCACAACACAAAAACCAACACAAAACAUAACACAAAAAAGAAGCUACCUAUGAUCCUGGAUUUAGCCAAAGUGCUAGCGCUUUCCUGAGAUGUCAGUUAGUCCAAUUGCCAGAGAAGACUGUCCUUUUGAGUGACUCAACCUGCAAACCUUUAAGCGUUUGCCGCCUGGUGCAACUGGAGCAGUGGUUGGAACUUGCAUUUGAAACAAAGUGCUGGCUUUUUUGAAGACUUGUGUAGGAACACAUUCAAAAAGCCCCUUUCUGGUUGUGAGAGAGGAAAAAAAAAAAGUAUGGAGGCCUUAUUUUCAAAAAUGUGAAAUAUAAGGCACAUUUUCACACUAAAAUUUCAAAACAAAAACAAGAGGGCAUAGAUGCAAUCAUUGGGAAAUUUUCAUGCACGCUUAUUAUGUUAUUACAUAUGUUUAUAUAAAAUCCAUCUCUGUGUGCUUUCUGGACUGUGAUAAGUGACGUUUUAUAGCCUGUUGUAUAGAAAAUGCAAAAUAUAUCUCUGCUCUUCAGCCAUUUUUGCUAAAUUCAAUGUUAUAAGUGUUGCUAAGUAUAGGGAGUUUUAUGACAUCAGAGCAACAAUUAUUUCGGUUGGGUUUUUGUUUUUGCCACCAUUAUAAAUUGCCACAAUUACUUAAUUUUAUUUUUUAAAGAAAUUACAGUGUAGUGUUUAUUCUAAGGAAGAUAUGUAUGAAUGUAUAUAAAAAGACUCAGCUACUUUUUUUCUUAUAUGUACAGCCUUCAUUCUGUUGCAAUUAAGUUUUAGUACUUGUAUGAAAGGUGUGAAUUAGAAAGUCAAAUAUAUACAUAUGUAUCUUAUAAUCUUUUCUCCCUGAAAUACUCACAUUCCCACCUACAUUCACUAUUUUGACAUACGCGUGCGCGCACACACACACACACACUCACACACUCAUCCACAGCAAUCCAUCAGGUAUGCUAGAAGAUCCAAACAUGCAUACAGUAGCAAACAUUUACUGACGAAUUGAAAAACAGGAAGGCAGAGGGUUGUGCCAAGGAAUUGAUGAUAAAUAGGGUGAUUUGCUUCAUUGAGAUCUUGCUCCCAGGAAACCCCAAGAAGAUUUCAGUCCCUAAUAAAAUGAACCUUUCCUUAUCAAAUAGAAAUAUCACUGAUAUACUGCUGCAUGAAUAAGAACCAUUGUGUGGGCAGGUUAUGGAAGCAAAAUUGGUUAAUCUACACCUUAACUCUGGCUGCUGCAAUUGAAAACUUUCUUUCGAAUAAAAUCAUAUAUAUAUUCUCUGAAUCUGAUGUGCAUGAUGAACAUUUUUGGAAAGUAAACACUUUCUCAACUAAAAGUAUUUUUCAGUAAUUUUUGAUUCUGUAUUACUACCCAUUUAAAAAAUUAUUCUCUCUUAUUGACUAUGUUUUAACUUUUCUGGUUUUACACAUAUAUUAUUAAAUAUAGCUUUAACACAUUAAGUAGUAGAAAAGUAUAGAUUAUCACUUGUUUUUGCAUAUUAUUCAAUGACGUUCACAGCAAUAAAUUAUUAAUAUGAGAAGGUAGUGCAAAAGAAAAGCAUUAUUAGAUUGCAAGGUGAUGCUUCAGUAAAAGUUGGUUGCAUUACUUGAAUACCUUCUAAAAGAACGAUAAUAGAUUUUGUAGAAGAGAAGAAGAACUUUACAAUUAGCUUUAAUCAGCAAGGCAAAAAAUGCAAAACAUCUUUUGUGAUACUUUAGUUGAUGAAAAAAGCCAAGAAGUGGCCUGGAUUUCAGACAUAAAGCACCUUAGAAAUACGUAAAAUUCAUAGCAAAUUACCACUAUCUAUGGUUGCCAAGUCACUGUUGUAUACACAGAAUCACAAAGAUUUUUUAUAACCCAGAAAGUAGAAGGUAUAAAAUGCAAAUUUAAUAUCCAUUACUCCUUUUUUAGAUUUUCAUUAUUUUUAAUUUGCCAGGUAUAAUAAUUCACAAGUCUUUUUUUCAUCCCCCGUCUCAUUCAGUCUUACUCAGGGAAAGCCAGUAAAAUCAGAAGGGAAGUGUACAACUACUAAUUUACAGCUUGAAGGUUUGUUUUUUUUUUUUUUGUUUUUUUUUUUUUUUUUUUCCUUUUUAAGGUUGCUUUUCUAUUUUAUCUAUUAAGCUUGAACCAGUUUCCAUCUGGAAAGAUUCUGAAAUAUAACAGAAAAUAAACUGAAUAAUGGUAAUUUAAAGCAGUAUAUCUAUGAAAUGUGUUGUUUGGGAUUGAUUUGAAUGUUUCUUCCCAGAAUAAAUUUUAAAGUUACAUGCAAUAAUAUAAUUUAAUAUUAUCAGUAAAAAUAUUUCUAAUGGCUUACACAAACUCUAGCUAAAAUUAUUUUUUCCUGGAUGGGAAAAGUAAAGAGAGGAACAGAGUUAGGAGAAAAUAACUUGAAUCCCAAGUAUCUUCAUACCAAACAUAUCAGGGUUCCAUGCAUAGUUUGCAGUUGAUUGAGGAUUUCACACUACUUGGCAUAAAUUUGAUUACAUCUCUAGACUGUAACUUUUCUGAUUGAGUAUGCUUCUUUUUUAUCCAUGUAAUGUGUUGCCUUUUUUAAAACAACAAAAUACUACAAUAAUGUGUGAAGUGGUCAAUCCCUAAGACAUCAAAGAAAGGCCACAUAACCCUACCCUUCUAGUGCUUUGUGUGAUUGGGUAUCUAAGGGGUUUUCUUUUUUUUUUUAAUUUGUUUGUUUUUCUGUUGCAAGGCCAAUUUAUCCAUUAUUGGAAAUGCUAAGCAAGUGGAAUUUACUGUUUUGUUAAUAAAAUAUUUCUUAAUACAA